UAAAAAUCGAAUGUGGACCUACUUAUUUUUCAAUUGAAUGUAAUUGACUACCUAAUUGAGUGCCACCUAUGCAUUGGGGUCUCUUUUAAUUAAUACAAAAUUGAGGUUACAUCUUUUCAAAUGUUCCUCAAUUAAUAUAUAAGGGAUAACGGAAUAUCUUUCAGGGUACAAUAACUGCUAUUAUAAGAAAUUAAAGAUGUGUAGCUUAAAUGUUUCAUUGCUUAGUAUAUAUACAGAAAGUGCCUUAACUGCAAUUAAUGAGGGAAACCAAACAGUUAACUAUUAUGGAUUUGGAUUUUAGACAUUAGACUAUCUUGAAUGUGUAGAAUUCAAAAAUGACAACAAUGAUUUUGCAAGAAAUCUAGAACUUUUUAGCAAGAAAUCUAGAACUUUUUAGCAAAAAAAAAAAAAAAAAUCUAGAACUUUUCUUAUUUUGUUACUUGUCCUUGCUAAACUUUUAAAUAAAAUUUAAAACAAUUAGGAAUUUUUUGAACAGGUUUAUAUUUCAAUAAAUGAAAAAAAUAAACAAAGGAAAGAAUAAAUCUGUGUAUAGUACCAACGCUGUAAACUUGUUAUAAACCUGAAAUAACCCCACCAUGGUGCAUAUGUUAUUUUGAUGUUCCAACUCAGACGUUUUAUACGUGUUAGGAUGGCGAAAUAUUCUAAACUAACAAAUUUGGUCACCUCCAAGAUUAUCUGGCUUUUUAACCCUAGUCUCUAGCAAUAAUCAUAUUUAGAAUUUAAUAUUUCUAUUCAAAUUGUAUAACGUUACCAAACACUUAUAAAAUACUGUAUUUAAAAAAAAAAAAAUAUAAACUAAAAGCAGUGAUAGAAUAUAUAAUCAAUUAAAAGUCUCAAUGGGUAAAUGUCUUAUUUUCGACUAGUAUUUUACUAUUUUUACACUCUUUUGUUUUAUUUUAUUGUUUUCAUUAGUGAAAAGAAAGAAUGUUUAAAUUUUAAAUGAAAAGAAUAUUGAUUCGUUGAGAUAGUAGCAGACAAAGACCAAACAGUUGAAUAAAAGAAAAAACAGAGUAUCCGAAAAUGAUGUUGAGGCACUCUGCCCAAAGUUUCUUCUUCUUCCUCUUUACUCUGUUAUGUCUCUUUCUCGUGACCCCCCCAAAUGUAAAUUUCUCGCACGAAUUCUGUUACCAAAAAAAAGCUGCCGAAACUUCCAUCCGUUCAUAAAGACCCUUUUAAACCUUUACAAUCCAGAAAGUGGUUUAUUUUAAGUAAAAAUGAGACUGGAGAGUAGUUUCAAGGCGUUGAAUCAGUACCGGAAGAAGAUGUUCAGGAGAGUAAAGGAGGCGGUGAUGAAGACGAAGAAGAAGAAGAAACAGACUAUGUUUCAGUAUGAUCCAUCUAGUUACGCCUUGAACUUCGACGAUGGAGGAGAGGUUCCUCAAAGAUUCUCCGGCGACUUUAAACACUGCAAGAUCACUUUGAUUUACGUUGUCUCUGUCAAAUUUUGAGAAUUUUCUCUUUCUUUCUUUUCACAUUCGGUUACAGUUUUGAAGCAGUCCACACUUUUUUUUUUUUUUUUUGGUAAAAAAGCAGUCCACACUUGUUUCAGUGUCUCCCUCUCUCUCUCUGUCAUUUCUUGUUUUUUUUUUCAGUGUAAGACUAUUUUACUAAAAACUUGAAUCCUUUGUUUACAUGUUACUCUAGAAAUGAUUUAUUUAUGAAGCAUUUUUGUUACUAAUCCUUGCGCCAAUGCUAACGUAGACACCGUGAUUACUUGUUGAACACUUUGAAAAAGAACGAAAAAAAAUUGUUAUUCAAGAUCAUGAAACACUUUUUUUUGGUACUUAGCUACUCUGUAUUUCUUCCACCAUUUUGAUUUUUUUAUAAACAACUAAAUAUGGGGUGUAUAAAGACUAACUGUAAAAAUUAUGGGAAACAAUGAUUCUGAUAGGGUUAGACAAUGACUAAAUGCUACUACAAUUAGUUUAGCUCUUUGUGUUUAAAUCACCUGAAAUAUGGAUUUAUGUUUAUUGACUAAUCUGUUUGGAAUCCAUAAACCACAUACUAGUUGAAAGAGAAGCACAUUUGACUCUAUUCUAUAAUGAAUGUUAAAUUUUUGGGACAUUUUUUUGCAGCUACCUAUCUGGUUUUUUUUUUUUUUUUUUUUUUUUUGAAACACACAGCUACCUAUCUGGUUAGCUGAGAGAUAUACAAGCUAGACAGAGCUUGGGAAGUACAUUAAAGAAAAGUGAGAUAAGUAGACAAAGAAGCAACUUUUAUGGUUCGUUGGUCAAACACCCAACAAACUCGAAAAUCAAUUUUCAAUAGCCCCUUUCACAAGUAGCUUUCUAGGAACCGUACUCGUGUUGGAGAAUAAGAGCCAAACAAGUAACCAACAUUGAGAACACAACCCAUUUCUUGUUUACUGUUUACCAAGUGGUCCAAUAUUUUCAUCAGUACGCAAACCAGUGUAUCUUAAAUGCAAUGCCCCAAAAACUUCAUCUCAAUCGAUUUAUAGACAAUGAAUCAAUGGUUGAAAUAUCUACUGAAAUGGAGAAAGUUGAGGUUGCUUUUGUAUAACGAGUGAAGUUCACCAUUAUAUAAAAAACAGUGUGAUUGACAUGUAUAUCAAUCUCUAGUCUUAGUUGACACAAAUACAUUGUCUAUAGAUAAAAUAUUACUAUACACAACAUUA